AUGGUUACGAAUACAUCCGAACCAUCCGAAUCUUCAACUUCAUCAACUACAAUUUCGCCAGAUUUUCAUAAUCCUCAAAUCCCUUCAACCGAUGGUUUAAUUCAAAGCGUCAAAUCAAUUUUAGAAAAUUUUGAUAAAUGCUCAAAUGAUGACAUUAAAAGUGAUAAUAUACGUAAACAUAUCAUUGCUACCUCGGAACAAGCAAAGAAAUUUCGAUUAUUUACAAUUGAAUCAAUUCAAAGUUGUGAUCUAAUGGGAAAUUAUGCAUCAGAUUUUGCCGAAUAUAUCACAAUUCUAAUGGAAGAAAAUGUUGCAGGGGUAGAUUUUGUUGGAGUUAUGAAAUCUCAAAUAGAAUCAGCUACCAUUAGUAAAUCAAAUGCUGAACGUUUAGCCACGAAUUAUUGUGAUAUUCUUGCUACAUUAAAAAAUUUAUUGAAUGAAUUGGAAGGUUUUCCUAGUAAGAUUCAAAUUGAAGAAAAUUUGGAGCAAGAUAUUGAAGAAUCUAAGAAAGAACAAGCAAUUCGUACUUGGUCAGCAGUUGGAACAGGAAUUGCUACUGGUGCAGCAAUUAUCGCUGCACCAUUCACGGGUGGUGCAUCGUUAGCUAUUAUUGGCACUCUUGGUUUAACUUCUGCUGGAGCUAUGAUUGGUACAACUGUUACCAGCGUUCAAUUUGGGGAACAAGCUAAACUAUCAGAAAAUGAAUUAAACCAAUUUAAUCAGAUUAAAAGAAGCGUUAGGAAUAUAAUAAGUGAUAUAUCAAUAAUUAUCGAUAAAUUUAGCUUUUUCUAUGAGUUUUUCAAAUUAGAAUUGGAAAAUAUUACAAAGAUUGAGAAUAAUUUUUCAUAUUUAGAGAAAGUUGAUAUUAAAGUUUCCAAGAUGAAAGGUACAGCAUUAAAGAAUCAAUGGAAUAGAGUAAAUCAAGUAUUUAGUAAAUAUUCCAAUGUGUUGAGACCAUUAUUUGUAUAA